AUGAGGGAGCAGUCAGAUGUGUCCUCACAGAUUGAUACCCAGUUGGUGUGUACAGGAGGAGGUUGGCGGGGGGUCCGUAGGGACGACUCAGAGAAGGGGACCCCCAAACGCCUCCACGUCUCCAACAUUCCCUUCCGCUUCAGAGACCCUGACCUCCGGCAGAUGUUUGGGCAAUUUGGAAAGAUCCUCGACGUAGAGAUCAUAUUCAACGAGAGGGGAUCGAAGGGUUUUGGCUUUGUGACGUUUGAGACGAGUGCAGACGCUGAGAAGGCCAGAGCUGCUCUCCACGGAACUCUGGUGGAAGGACGCAAGGUUGAGGUCAACAACGCCACAGCCAGGGUGAUGACCAAUAAGAAAAUGGUCACCCCAUAUUCUAAUGGAGGAGAGGGGCUCGCCGCUCUACCUUAUGGGCUACUAAAUGCCAACUCCCCUACAGCUGGGUGGAAGUUGAGUCCAAUGGUUGGAGCCAUGUACAGUCCAGAGCUCUAUACAGUCCCUGGCUUCCCUACUGUUCUUUUGUGUAGACUAACUCUUUGUUCUUUUUUGCCUCUCUCUGAUUUCUCUGGCCUGCCCACCUACCCCGGGGCUCGUGGCCGUGCCCAUCCGUCGGUCUACGGUGCUGUCAGGGCAGCCCUACCCCAGCAAGCUAUACCUACAUACCCAGGUGUGAUGUAUCAGGAAGGGUUUUACGGUGCAGCAGACCUCUAUGGUGGCUAUGCUGCGUAUCGCUACGCUCAGCCGACUGCGGUAGCUGGUCCUGCAGGAGCAGCGGCUGCCGCAGCAGCUGCCUACAGUGAUGGCUACGGACGGGUGUACACGACAGACCCUUACCACGCUGCACUGAACCCUGCUGCAGCCUACGGUGUAGGAGCUAUGGCCACACUGUACAGGGGAGGCUACAGUAGAUUUGCGCCCUACUAAAGAUAACCACAUUUCCCAGGAGCUCUCUCAUCCUGUUUGAACAAUCUAUAAAAGAGCUCCCUCUGCUGUCCAGGAUGGAGAUUGCAACACGUUGACGCAAGUUUGUCGCCUACCAUGGAAACAUUUAUAUUUCAAAAUCUCCUGCUGUCCACUCUUUUUUCGCUUCAAACAAAAAUAGGAAUGCCGUUUUAAAGACUGGUAGAAAGCCUUGACAAAGAAAAGAAAA